UCCAUAUCGUUUCGCUCUGGCUGGCACCCAGGCCGUGUCAUCCACUCGUUCGCCUGAUUUCACUGCUGGCGAGGUGAUUUGGCUAAGGGUCCAGGGUCCGUCCUGAAUAAGGGCGGACGGUAAUUUGGUGCUAGUUUCCAGGGCUCCUGCGAAACACUCCUCAGAGGUUUUCCAAGCCCGUUUGUCUCGGAAUUCUCGGUCUACCAUUGGCGUGAAAACGUACCCUCGCUCGUUGUGAUAAUCGGCACACACCGUCGAUAUGGAUCCUUCGGCGCCUCUGACACCGGACGACCUCUCGGUCGGGGAUGUUUUCAGCCCGCAGGCCGACAUGUCGCACUCUCGCCCGAACACUACCCUGAACGACAACCAAGAGACCGGCUUCCGAAUCAGCGCCCGCAGCCCCCAGCGCAAAGCCGCUCUAAUGCCCCCGCGGGGUGUCAAUGGCGGGAAACCCUUCCCUGCGCCGGAUUUGAAUGGGAAUUUUCAGACAGACCGUCGCAAGAAGAAGAAAAAGCAGACCGCCCACCAUGUGGCUCCGGCCAUCUCGACCGUCCGCGGAUUUACCCCUCGAGGCUCCGGCGACGAGGACUCGGAUCGCUCGGCCUGCAAUUCGCGCGCUCCGAGCUCUCGUCCCCGUGCGCCCACCGGGACUGGGCCCAGCAGUCCGUUGGUGCAACCAGCGACCGGCUGUGGGGUGAGCGCCCUGAAACUGCAGCUGGAUUCGAUGAGCUUGUCUGGUCAGGGUCCCCCAUCAGGGACGCCUAGCAAUGCCAGCGUCUGUUCGGACAGUGACCAGACGGAAGUCUUGACCAGCUACGAGGUGCCCCUGGAGCAUGACUACGUUAGCGCGGAUGCGGUGGCGGAGGAAAAGUCCCAGGAGGCGUCGAACGGACGCGACGUGCGCACUCAACAGCUGUGCCGCAAGAUGACCACCGACGAUUUCGAGCCUCUGCUCUGCCUGGGCAAGGGCUCCUUCGGGACAGUGCUGCUGGUCCGCCACGUGCUGACGGGCAAGCUGUAUGCGCAGAAGCAGUUCCGCAAGGCGUCUAUCACCGUGCACAAGAAAUUGGUGGAGCAGACCAAGACGGAGCGCAUGAUUCUGGAAAGCGUCAACCGCCACCCGUUCGUGGUCAAGCUGUUCUACGCGUUCCAGGACCAUGAGAAGCUCUACCUCAUUCUGGAGUACGCUGAAGGCGGAGAGUUGUUCCACCAUCUGGCUCUGGAGCGCAUGUUCGACGAAGACGCUGCUGCCUUCUACAUGGCGGAGAUGGUGCUGGCCCUGGAGCAUCUGCACCAGACCGUCGGAGUGAUCUACCGCGAUCUCAAGCCAGAGAACUGUCUGCUUGACAACGAGGGCCACCUGCUCCUGACGGAUUUCGGGCUCAGCAAGAUCGCAGUCAGUGACGAUGACCGCUGCAACUCGUCCCUGGGGACUAUCGAGUACAUGGCUCCGGAGGUGAUCCAAGGCAAGCCUUACGGCAAGGCCUGUGAUUGGUGGUCGCUCGGCGCCCUCGGCUACGACCUGCUGACCGGAUCCCCGCCGUUUAAGGCAAACAACCACGCUAAGCUGCAGGAGAAGAUCCUCAAGCAGAAGCUGGCCCUGCCCUACUUCCUGGGACCGGAUGCCAAGGACCUGUUGACCCGACUCCUUCGGAAGGAACCGUCGAAACGCCUGGGAUACCACAUGCCCAAAGACCUCCAGACGAUCAAGAACCAUCGUUUCUUCCGAAAGAUCGACUGGAAGGCCUUGGAGCGGCGCCAGGUCACUCCACCGAUCAACCCGGUGGUGACUGAUCCGGCGCUGGCGGAGAACUUCUCGGUGGACUUCACGCAGUUGCCGUUGAGUCCAAUUGUGCAUGGGUUCGAUGAGCAUUACGAGGCGUCUCGCGCGGUUGCUCCGGCGGUGUCGCUGGGGCUGGGAGAGAGUAACCCGUUUGGGGGUUUCAGUUUUGUGGCGCCGAGCAGUAUGCUGGACAAGGCGAUCGGAGUGUGACGGUUUUUAGAACUUAGAUGUGGUUCGUGGUUCACCUUCAUAUCGUUACUUGCUGUAGCACAUCAGAAGGGUAGCUUGACUGCCAACAGACUGCGUGGAUCUUACAUUGAUCCCAGCGACAAGCGAUACCCAUAAUCAUCAUCAGCAAUCAGAAGACCUCAAGGUAGAUCCAAGCCACGUAUAUCAACAUCAACCCAGACAAGCUGUCCCAUCUCGUAUCUGCGAAGAGUAAUCCCACAAGUCUGGCCCAAUAGGAGGGGAGUAUAAGAUAAAUGCUCUCUCGCCCUUCGAACUGGCUGUAAUAUCUUGAAGCUGAUGGGGUAUUGCGGGGAAGCAGCCUUGAUUCGGCAUGGUUCACCCCGAGCCGAGCGUGCUUUCUACUCUACAUCACCCUAGAGUUGGGACGCUGUCUCCGGCAAUCAACAUCUUGGAGUCUCUCUCAUCUAUGAAACGCUGAGAUAGGAUGCUCGAGAUGCGAAAGCUGCC